AUGGACAAUUUGGUCGAUGUUCGAGAUGGCACAAAAUAUUUUGUACAAGUUGUUCAUAGUGCUCCUCUACUCCUUUCAAUGAUUUUGGUUUUUGGAACAGAACAACGCCUUUUAUGUAUGGCACAUUUAAUUGGGGCAGAUUCUCUACCAUCAAAACAACAAUUGGAUGAAAAUUUGCAAUUUCUCCCAAAUAUUUCUCAUCCAGCAGCAGAUGAAAGGGCAUUUAUUGUUCUUAAUCGUGAUGGGGAUUUUGCUAUUUUAAAAGGGCGUUGGCAAGGAUUUGUGAGGAAACAGGCUGGUGAUCGGUAUCAUAAGGCGAGUUAUUUUUUCUUGACGAGUUUGGGUAGAGACGUGACCAAGACGAGAUAA